GGACGUUAACUCUAAAAACUUGAAAAGCUUCACUUCCGAUGCAUCUCUCAAUAUCAAAACAAGUCCACAAAAUUUAAAAACCUCGUGACCUUCGAAGAAGAGAAGCAAAACCCAAAGCUAACAGGAAGAUAAUGACAGGUCUAGUAAUGAUGACCAAAGGAGGUGGCUGUGGUGGCGGUGCGAAGGGCGGAGCUAAAGGAGGAGGAGGAGGAGGGCUCAAGAGCUGUGAGGAGGAAGAAGAACGGCAGAACCAGAUUUCUGUCGUGGCCUUGCUUUUGGCUGCUUUGAGGAAAUCCAUGGUGUCUUGUCGUGUUGAUAGACGAGACGAAGUAAUGUCUUCUUCCACCGUUCAUCAGAUGGAAAUCGGAUGGCCGACCAACGUCAAACACAUCACCCAUGUUACAUUUGAUCGGUUCAAUGGGUUCUUGGGUCUUCCCGUUGAGUUCCAAGUCGAGAUCCCCGGUCGGGUUCCAAGUGCUAGUGCUAGUGUGUUUGGUGUCUCAGCCGAAUCAAUGCAAUGCUCGUUCGAUUCCAAAAGGAAUAGUGUCCCCACUAUACUCUUACUAAUGCAGGAGCGGCUUUAUUCACAAGGAGGCCUAAAGGCAGAAGGGAUUUUCCGGAUAAAUCCUGAAAAUAGCCAGGAGGAGCAUGUAAGAGAUCAGCUCAAUAGGGGCAUAGUGCCGGAUAAUAUCGACGUCCAUUGUCUUGCUGGCCUUAUAAAGGCUUGGUUCCGGGAACUUCCUUCAGGGGUGCUAGAUGGACUUUCCCCUGAACAGGUUCUCCAAUGCAAUACCGAAGAAGAAUCUGUCGAUCUUGUGAAGCAACUAAAGCCAACUGAAGCUGCAUUGCUCAAUUGGGCUGUUGAUCUUAUGGCGGAUGUUGUCGAGGAAGAGGAAUCGAACAAAAUGAAUGCGAGAAAUAUCGCAAUGGUUUUUGCUCCGAAUAUGACUCAGAUGUCUGAUCCAUUGACAGCUCUGAUGCAUGCUGUUCAAGUAAUGAACUUGCUCAAGACCUUGAUCAUGAGGACACUGCAGGAGCGUGAAGAGAGCGCAACAGGAGGGAGAUGUUCACCAAUGUCGUCUCACUCUUGCAAUGGCCCUACCGAUGAGGAGUUUGAUAGUAACCGAGAGAUGGAAACGAGCUGCGAACUGAAAGGACCAACAUCAGAAUACGAUAAUGCCCUUUACAAUAGCUACAGCGGAGACGAAGAUGAAGUUCAGUCAUUAGGUGAAAUAGAGGAAUGCUUCUUGAGGCAACUGGAUGAGAAUAAUAAGACCGUCACCAAUAGUCUUUUGGUGGAACCAGCUGACGAAUUGCAAAGUGAUAAUUCAAGUCCAGUUACUGUCUUACCUGAAAGAAUUUUUGCCUUGAGAAUUAGUGAUGGAAGGGACUCCGGUCAGAAGGAAGACCCAAGCACAUAAGGAUGUGGAGAUGAUAGACAAUCUAGAUUGUCACUGUCCUUGUCUAAUGCUAUCUGAUUGAUGAUGGUUCAUCCUUACAUUAUGUAAAACAAUACUUUGUUGCUCUUCGAUCAUGAUUUGCUUCUGUAAAUCGAUAAAGUUAGUGUUGUUUGAAUCAAAGGUUCAGUAAUGGGGCUGAACUUGUGUUUGUGUUUGAAA